AUGCCAACUACAACCAUCAAAAUUACGUUUAUUGAUCCACAAAAUCGUAAUACAUUCGUACAUACUGGUAUACAAGUGGACUCAACGCAUUUCGUAGCUGAACCAGCAACACAAAACACCAAACCAGUACAAUGUUAUAUAUGCCUUAAAUACAAUCAUGUAGCAAAGUACUGCAAAACCAAGCAACAGAUAUGUGCUCGAUGCGGUGAUAACCAUCAAAUGGGUCAAUGUACUGCUGCUCCGGAUUUGUUGAAAUGCUGUAAUUGUAAAGGUAAUCAUUUAGCCACAUCUAAUGAUUGUUCAAAAUUUAUAGAACAAGAAAAAAGACUGCAAAAUAUGGCCAAUCAAUAUACAACAUCUUACAAGGCAACAACAAUACCAUCAUUAAAAGAUCUUCAAGAAUUUCCAUCAUUACCAAGCAUCGCACAUCGACAACAAGAACAUCUACACAGUGAUAUCUUGAAUAAAGUAGUCAACAUUCUAUCUAGUAAAAUGGAAAAGAUUAUUGAAGAAACAACAAGUCGUCUAAUAAAAUCAUUCCAGCAAAGAAUCAAGACGAUCGAAAAGACCAUUGCCGCAGUAGAAAAUAUCAUCAGCGACGACGAUAUGGUUAUCGACUCGAUGCCUGAUUCUGACAGCGAAGAUGAUAUUAAAGUAGUAAAUAACAAAAAGGUUAAACAACAACAAAAACAAUCAACAGAUGCAGGCAAACAUAUUAAAAAUAAGAACAACCCUCCGUCCACAUUAAUCACAACAACAACGCAACCACCAGCUAUUACAACCGACGCUUCAACUAAAGCCCAACGUAAACCCAAAACAAUAUCUAAAGCAGUCAAACGAAAUCGUUUCCCCAACAGUUCAUUAGAUUACACUACAACUGAUAACAAAGAAUUAAAAACAAAUAUUAAUGAAGAUUAG